AUGGAGGCAAUAGACGUUCAGAAUAGAUCAUUUGUGGUGCGAUGGCUCAAAGUCAGUAAAGGCGACACCAUUACUUUCCAAUUAAAGCCUUUGAAAAGGUCAGUGGACGCUGGGAUCUAUAGGCGACACACGGCCAUCAACAACGAAACGUUCGAGCAAAAUGGUGAAACGAAUGCCAAGAACAGCGAGAGUAGUUCACCAUCUGGCAAACCCGUGGGUAAACUCGGCAGUCUGCAUAUUGCGCCCGACACCAAGUCACUAUUGGACUACGCCCUAAACCGGAGUAACUCGUCGACGGAAGAGUUUACGCAGAGAAACCGUUCCAAGACCAUCUCUGCGGUCCAGCAUUUAACCCAGGACAUUCCACUGGACAAAAAAUUGACCGCACAGGGCUUCACUCAGGUCAAAUGGCUGGGCACCAUUCCGGGCAAUGAGUUUGUCGAGGGGAACGUUCAGGCUGACGAAGACGGGUACUAUGCCUUUGUUCUCGACAACACGGCGUCCAAAACCGCGAAAAAGAAGAUUUUGCUUGGUGUGGAGAACAAAACGCAAGGUCCCGAAAUCCCCAUCCACAGGUCCCGUUCCCAGCUGGUUCGUGUCAAACAGGGCCGCAUCUUACAAGGCUACAUGCUGAAAAAGAGAAGAAAGAAGCUGCAAGGGUUCACCAAAAGGUUCUUCAAACUAGACCUCAAGUACAAGGCAUUUUCGUAUUACCUCAACGAGCACAACAACGUUUGCAGAGGCGAAAUUGUGAUUCCCCUAGCGACAGUCAGUGCCAACAAAAUGACGAGAUUGAUUAUCAUCGAUUCCGGGAUGGAGAUCUGGGUUUUAAAGGCCAAAGACGAGUCUUCAUGGAGUGAAUGGAUCAAGGCCCUCCAGGACUGCUACAAGAAGGAGGAAAAGAAGCCUUCGGCAACCAAUCAAUUGGCAGAGUCUUCAGACCCUACAACUUUACUAAGUGGUCUCAAAAUUAUCGAGCAGAAACUAGAUCAAUGUCGCGCGAAAUCACUGAGCUACUAUCCACCCGUGCAAGACGUGAAGGCCGCAGCAGGAUCUAGCGGGCAAGCAAGCUCUGUAUCCCGCACACCCUCAACACAUUCGCUGUCACAUAUCUUCGGGAAGCAUAAAAACAUUUCAAGUGAGGCUAUUCAUACGCCUUCUGAUAAUCAAUCCGAAAAGCCGCAACAGUUACCUUUGGAACAUCAACUCUAUAGAGAUUUGGGUGAGGUGGAGGACCUGGUACGGCAAUGGCUGAAUUACAGUACCAACUUACUUGGCAAAAGUAUGCCUCCAGAUGACUUCUCCAUUUUCAGUGACGAAUUUUAUGACGCAGAAGACGACAACUUAAGUAAUGAGUCUGAACCAGAAUCUGCUGAUGGUGUAAUCAUGCUGAAUGACGAAGAGGGCGUUAAUGCGCUACUGUUGUCGCAGAAUGACCAUACUGGCAGAACGGAGGACAAUGAUGACGAUAAUUCCUCCAAGUAUGAUGCGAAAUUUGUGCAGAAAAGUGUUCCUGCGCCCUCAGGUGGAGACUUGUACCCAUUGACUCACGCCAAGAAGAUUGUGCGCAGGAACGAUGUUCCGGAAGCGACCUCUACACCCCCCAGUCUCUUAUCAUUUUUACGAAAGAAUGUUGGCAAAGACUUGACAUCCAUAUCGAUGCCCAUUACAUCGAACGAACCCAUCACUAUUUUGCAAAUGUUGUCGGAAACGUUCGAGUACUCAGAGCUUCUCAAUAAAGCAGCUGCCACGUCAGACGAGGUUCAUCGAAUGGCCUUGGUUGCGGCGUUUACAUGCUCGUAUCUUUCGAUGCAUCGAAGCAAAACACGGGCGCUGCGGAAACCAUUCAACCCGCUUCUGGGUGAGACUUUCGAACUGGUUCGAGAGGAUAAAGGUAUGAGGUUGAUUGCAGAAAAGGUCUCGCACAAACCUCAGAUAUUUGCCUUCCACGUGGAUCACGCAGAGUGGGAGCUUUCGUAUUCUGUCUCUCCUAUACAGAAGUUUUGGGGUAAAUCGAUUGAAUUCGUCAACGAGGGCGAGCUCAAGCUAACCUUUAAGUCUACCGGAGAAAGGUACGAAUGGUCGCAACCUACUACGAUUUUGAAAAACUUAUUUGCUGGGGAGCGAUACGUGGAACCUGCCAACCACAUGGAAGUGGUGUCUUCUCACAACGUCAAAGCCAGAGUUGCUUUCAAGGCUGCAGGAAUGUUCAGCGGGCGCUCUGAAGAGCUAUUGAUUGUCAUCCAUCGGGGCUCAAUGCAAGUCGCGACUCUAAAGGGUGACUGGACCAAGAGCAUCACAAACUCGCACACUGGCGCCAAGAUUUGGGAGGCAGGACAAUUGGUUCCGCGUCAAGAGCGGAAAUACGGUUUCACGCAAUUCACUGCCAAUUUGAACGAAAUUACGGAAAUGGAAAAAGACAACAUUCCUGCUACAGAUUCCAGAUUAAGACCGGAUUUGCGUCUAUACGAGAACGGUGAUGUUGCUGAGGCCGAGCGUUUGAAACUUGAACUCGAGCAGCAGCAGCGUAUCAGACGUCUCGAUGGCAAAGACUCUCUGCCUCAAUAUUUCCAUCAGGUUUCGAAUAACCAUUGGGAACUGAUCUCAGGUCCUGAUAGCUACUGGGAAAGAAGAAGACGGCACGACUGGAGUAACGUCGUCCCGUUGUGGUGA